ACGUUAAACCUUCUGAUUAAUACUGUAAUUUCCAUUUGUCGCAAUAAAUAUAUAUAAUGAUAAACAAAUUUGUGUAUAGUUUGUUGCACGCACCCCGCUCCAGCGAGAGCAGUCUAGAUCGCUCUUCCCUGCUGCUUCCGAAAAUGGCAGCAGCACCGCGGCGUUCUCUAGCCACACUACUGUUAUUCACCAUGAAGACUGCGGCAGUAAUUUUGCUCUCGCUGGUCUCAUCCGUUGCUUCAGCACCAGCUGUAGUGUGGAAGAGUAACCAGCGGAACCGAUCCGGUCAUCACUGUUCUCACGAUGUACAUGCUUCCGAUGUUCUCACCAAGACCUUGAACGAAGAUGGUCUCGACUCUGAAAUUCAGGCGGUGGUAUUUCUUCUCCGCAGAAGCAAGGACGGUUCCGAAACCUUGACAGCGUUGGCAUCAGAGGGCUUUCUACCAGCAAUCGCUGUCAAAUACGACGAUGCUCAUGUUAUUCAUCACCAUGUUUCUGGCAUCGAGGGAUCGAACACCAUUGCCAGGGGUGCUUCCGCGGCUCGACCCGGCGAUGUUGUACUCCAGGUUACAUUAAGCGAAUUUUCUAGCAAGUUGCUGUCGCUGGAAGCACCCCUCGAAAUAGAAGUUUCGGAAAGCGGAAUGCUUUCCAAAGCAGCGAAACACUCUAACAAGCGAACGCGGCUUCUCUCUGAAGCAAACAUUUUUAUUGUCGAUAUUUCUGCAAAUACUGAUCCCGCGGCGAUCGAUAGAGCUGUCGUCGCCGCCAUUGAGCAUCCUAAGAUUGGCAGUGUUAUUCUUUCCGCUGUUCGUUCCACCGCUGAGGUAAAGAUGGACCGAGACGUUCAAGCUCGCCGCCGUAUGCAGGCCAUGCAGAAAGCUGGAAGCAGUAUGUUGGCAUCCAACGCCCGACGUCUCGAUCAGGCAGCUGACGGCAACAACAACCAGGAUCUCUCCGGAGUUUACUAUGUGCAGAUGACGCCCAAUAUUCUUGCAGGUAUCAUGUUCUUUUUUUUGUUCACGUUUACAACUUAUAUUGGAAUCAGCUGUAUGGGUAUGAUUGCCGGGCAAACCGUGUACGUAUCCAAAAUGCCCUCGAUUGGACGGGAAGCUUAGAGAGUUCGAUUUUUAUGCCUUUUGUCCGACAACGGUGUCACUACUAUCCAAUAUCUGUUGCAUUUCUGCGAAUGCGCAAGAUUGGUUUCAGUUCCGUUCACACAAGACAAACCAGAGUACACUAACAAAAAUUCCUACUCAAUUAGUAACUUUUACGAGGAGCUAUCUAGAAUGAUUUAUCAAUAA